UAAACGACGACGACAAUUAGAUAUAUUAGUUAUUGAUUCAGCUGGUUUUGAAUUUUCAAUAAAACAUGCUAUACCAAUUAAUUCACUUCUACCAUUUGUUCAACCAGGACAAAGACGAGGUAAAAUAUUUAUUUAAAAGACCUAAAUAAAACGAACAAAAGUUUUAAUUCAAAAUUUGAUUUAUCUAUCUCUAAUUCACACUGCUCAGUUAUUUGUCAGUAGCUCAAGUAUUCGGCGUUGUCUGGAAAAAUUCAAUAUUGCAUGCUUAGCAUGUUGGAAAACGGUGAUCUUACAUUUCCUAGAAGCCAUCCAUCUUUGAUGUUGCAAAAUGCGCUCCGAUCUCUUUCCCUUUUCAACUUUUUUUGCCUAGACACGGGUAGGACCAAUGUUUUUCGAACCCGAUCCUGGCUCCGAUCCCUUCUCGAUCUCAGUCGAAAAAAAUUUUACUCUCAGGCCCGAUUCUGAUUUAAAAAAGCUGUUAGCUCAAUCCAUUGUAGGAUUAAAAAUGUGAAAAACGAUGGAUCUAUUGUUACUAAUUAAAUGGAAAUCAUCUCGUUCCAUUUCUUUGCGAUACAUUUGUACCUAGAUUCGUUAGAACUACAGUUUCUCUAUUACGGUGUGUGAUGGGUCAAGAUCCUGUCUGCCAUGGUCUGUAAUAGGUCCAAAAUCUGUCUUUCACGGUAUACGGCGGAGCGGGGUGCAAAUUUCUACCCUUAUGCACUUCAACACUCCUUACAGAUAUUGUCUCACAAAAAAAUUGGGAUCGGGACUAGAACCGCUUUGCUCAUCUCUAGAUUGGGAAUUUUAAUAUAUUUUAAAUCUGCAUUAGUUUGAAGUUUAAAAAAAGUUUCUUUGUAAAACUUUGUCAUCUUUUUGAAACAUUUUCGUUGAAAACUUGAUCAAAACAAUACUACUGACCAUUGAAAUAUGCUAACAUCGAUUGAUCAGCAAACUGAUCUAUCAAAUUUGAGUAUACUUUCAUACCCUAGAAUCUUCUGUGUCGAAUGACGAAAAUCGCAGGUCUUUAUCUCUUUUCGUUCUCCAGUUUUUGAGAAAACAGUCGCACACACGGACUUUUCAGAUGGAGCACUUACUGUACUGUUCCAAAAAUGGGCUUAUUAAGUACGCUGGAGGUUAAAGCUUUUAAUUGAAAAGUAACCCUUUUUCCAGGAACAGUUGGAAGAAAUACAAAAACCGGAGGAGAAUACUUCAAAAAUCGAAGAAUAUUUCCGACGUUUUUUUUGAAAAAUCCGAAAAAUUUUCCAUCAUUUUUUGAAAGUUAAAGGGACUUUUCCCCCCCCCCCCCCCUCUCGAUUCUGCCGACUUCAUCUUGACUAUCUCCUGAACCUAACGGUGUAUCAUGCCAAGUUUGACUGCUCUAGCUCUUACGGGGACAAAAUGCAUAAAGAAGAAACAUAUAGGGUGUGGGUGUGGAUACGGACCUUCUACUACGUUAUAUACCAACAGGCACACUCAUAUCCGCACUCCAAUCCACCCACACUCACAUCCGCACCCCAUACCCACCCACACCCCGUACCCACACUCCACACCCACACCCAAUUUCAUUUAACAUCAUUUCAUCAAGAUAUUGGAAAGAUAAAGUAUAAAAAUAUGAUUCCAUUCAUGCUUGAAUAUAUCGUAAUAGCAUUAUUCUAAUAUAUAUAUUUCAAUAGUAAUAGAUAAAUUUUUUUUCAUUUUUGAUAUUCUAUUUAGAUGUAUCAUCACUAAAAUUAGUGUGAGAUCAAUAAAUGUAAAUAGUGUUGAAAUAAACACUGCACAUUUCAAUGAUUAUUGAUGUUUUUUUUUUCAUACGUCUAUUUUGAUCAAUUAAUAAAACUUUUAUCUUCUGAUCAUAUAUUCAACACAAGAAUACUUAGUUUAAUAACUUAAUUAUUGAUAAAUGAAUUCAAAAUAACUACGACAUGACAUAUAUAUCUAGUGAGGACUUUUUUCUUUCUUGGAAGUUUUAGCUUUCUAUGCAGCGAAAGAAGUAUGCAAAAUAUCAUGACAAUUUAUCAUCAAUUAUCAUGACAUUCUGUACAGACGCAUACUGAAAAAAAGAAAAAAAGUACAUCAGUGAAUCUGUGUGAUUCUGUAAGACUUUAUCAAAAUCUUUUUUAUAUCGUAGAAAUUUCUAGAGCCUCCAAAAAGUUUCGGA